AUGAAAAUUUCAUCGGGGAAGGUGGAUUCCGGAAAUUUGAUUGAUAUUGCUGCACGGAGGUUAGAUCACGAGCUUUGGUAUGGAAUCCCAGAGUUUCAGACAGAGAUUAUGAUGCUUGCUAGUCUAAAGCAUCAAAAUGUGGUCUCUAUUGUUAAGUUUUGUCAUGAGGAUGAGGAGAACAUCAUCAUAUACAAUUAUGAGGCCAAGGGAAGUCUUGAGCAAUACCUAAGUGACCCAGUUACACUCACUUGGACUCAAAGAUUGCACAUCUGUCUUGGUAUCGCUCGUGCCCUGAGUUACAUUCAUUAUGACAAGCAAUGCAGUUUUAGUGUCAUACAUCGUGACGUCAAAAGCUCUAUGAUUUUAUUAAGUGACAAGUGGGAAGCAAAACUAUCUGGUUUUGAGCUAUCCACGAUGCAACCAACAGCUAAAAGGCACAUAUCUGUCAAGCAUAUAUAA